AUGGAAGAAGGGGCCCAGCGAGGAGUUACGGCAGCGUUCCCACCACCGCCGCCGUUCUGGAAGCACUUUAGCCAGAGCAACUUGAACAAGCUUGCGGAUGCGAAGCGUGCAGCACGUCCGGAAGACGGCGAUGAAAAGACGAAGCGCAAGGACUGGACGCCGGCUGAGCUGCGAGCCCUAGAUGUGGAUCCAGAGUUGAGGUAUCUGAUACCACCUGAGCCCCCUACGACGGAUUAUGUGCUCUUUGGCGAAACACAGCAGCUCUCACCCAAUCCUCCCUCUCUGAGCGACCAAGGGAUAACUCAGCUCUACCCAUCCUCCUCGCCUACGUCUGGACAUGCCUAUCACCUCACGAAAAUAACCAAGUCGCUGCUGCUCAAUUUCCUGGAGCUAACCGGUAUCCUCUCAAUUGCGCCAGAGCAUGCAGAGGAGAAACUGCAGAUGAUACGCACGCUAUUCAUUAAUGCAUAUCAUCUGCUGAAUCUAUACCGGCCGCACCAGGCUCGGGAAUCACUAGGUGGCUUGAUCGAGAAGCGCAUUGAAAUGGCCAAGGAGGAGGUGAAACAGAUGGAAGAGAUAGAAGGCAGAGUCGCCAGUUGGUUGCAGACUAUGUCAAAGGGCGAUAAAGGGGGGGAAUCCGGUGACGACGGGAUGCAAGUCGACCAAGAAGGCCAGGGCAAGGAAAGUAAGGAUAGUAAGCCACUCGCCGAGGAAGAUAGUGAUCUUGAGGAGGCGCGGGUGAUAUGGCAGCUCCUCGAUGGGAUUGAAGAAGCAGGGUGA